AAACUUCUUUAUUUUUGCUUUCUGCAGUUAACUAGCAAUAGACAAUUUAAAUAAUCGCUUAAUGUAAUGAACGUUGUUUGACAUAAUGAGUGAAUGGGAAUCAAUAGUUACAUCAGGCAAGCCAACCACAUCUUAUGGCACAUGUGUACGAGCCACUAACAAGCCUUUAUGUCGAUAUACGAAGCAUUCCUUGUCAAAAUCAGACACCCUACAAGGAAUAGCUUUAAAAUAUGGGACAACCACAGAAGAGCUUAGAAGAAUAAAUAAACUGUACAGUUCUGAUUCCAUGUUCAUCAGAAGCUAUUUAAUGGUUCCUUACUCUGAGAAUUGCAGCAGCAAUUUAGAUGUCCCAACAACAAUAACUAAAGAUAAUCAAACAAAGGUGGCUGAAAAUCAAUCAACAGCAGUUAAUGAUGCAAAACAAUUUUUAGAAAAUUUGGAUUCAAAAAUAAUGCUUCGAAAGAAGGCUGUAAAUGCAUUUAAAGUUGAUGAAGAAUCAAAUACCGAUAAUGUCACACCUACUGCUACAUUAGGAGAGCUAAAAGCUCAUCCAAAAACUAUAUUUUCUCAUUCUAAUUCUGAUAAUGAUAAUCUAUUUCGACUAUAGAACAUAGUUUAUUUAAAUUAAAUUUCUCACUGUGCUGUCCUAUACCACGGCACAAAAUAAGAGAGAUUGUGCAAAUAGCUGUACUGUUAGAUAUUUUUCCAUGUAAUGUUCUUUGUUUAAAAAGUAAUAAAAGGUUAGUGGUACAUAUACCUUCUUUUUGUAUAAGAUCCAAUGCACCUUCAAUAUUAUUGCACGACACCAAAAGUUGCUUGUAAUUGGAGGAUAGUCAAUGUGCUCUGAUCUGACCUAAAUUCCAGGUCUUCCGGGUGUGCCACACCACAUAAUCCGCCCAUAUUAAAUGGAAUCGCUUUACCAUACAUUAUAUAAAAGUCUAUUGCUGAUAAAGUAAUUGACACAAUCAUGUAAGCUCUGUUGUAAAUAUUCAAAUAAUUCGUUUUAGCUUCUUUUACUUUAUGUAAUGCAAGAAUUAGAUAGGAUAUUUGAUUAUAAGAAAUUGAAAUAGAAAUUGACUUGUUAAAAGUUAUAAAAAAAAUUAUGAGUGAUGGUUGGCUUAGUUCAUUGUCUCAGGAUUAAAAAUUGCUGUCUUUUUAAGCUUUAUUCAGAGUAAUCUGUUUUUUGUUUAUUAAGACAAUUUUUGCUGAAAGAUUUACGUUAGUGCAUUUGAAAAAUGACAGGACAGUACGGGCUACAUUUGUGCUUUACUGUUUGUUUAACAAACUUUAACUAUGUUUUUUUACACUGUGGUUAUUUAAACAAUAACUGUAUGAAUGCAUCGUGAAUUUUAUGUUUUUGUACCCAUUGUGCUUCAUUCUUUUAGUAAUCAAGUUGUCGUGUACUAUCUGAAUACUUUUCAUAUAUUUACUACUAAAAAAGCAAUGCUUAUUAACCUUGGUUUCAAUCCCAAAUUUUGGAUUGGGUUACCCAUUGUAAUGUUUCAUUAAACCUUUUAUCCGUUAACACAAAAGUUAAAUCAUUUUCUGUAUGCUGACAAAAAGGUCAAUUAAGUGUUAUUGCUAAAAUCGAGUGACAAAAUUUUAUUAUGUAUAUUUUUUUGAUUAUUUGGUAUGGUCGGUAAAAGGCUUUAAAGCAUUGGAGUAAAUGAAUAUCAUUCUUUUUUUCUUAUAUAUGGAAAUAUAAACUUCUUUUUGCAUCUUCUUAAAAAUGACCUUUGCAGUGAUACAUGAGCACUGAUAAUGUGGCACCUUUUAUUUUAACAUUUUAUGUUUAGA